CACUACUCCUGCCUCGCUCACCUCAACUCACUUUACUGAGUAUCCAGUGACUUUUCGGCCCCCCAUUUUACUAUAGCCUAACGGGUAACCCUCUGCGCCGAUUAUCAUCAAAACUGCCUAUCCUAUCAGCUCGCCUGUGAGACGUUACCCGCAACGACUCAACCACAACCUCAAGAUACCCUCAAAUUCGAAAUCUCUCCGACCUCACCCUCACCUCUGCCCAAUUUAUCGAACCUCCUCUGACAACAGAAAUUUGUCGACCGUGCUUUAAGAGAAACCGGAUCGGCUCAGCUGGUUUUCCGUCGCUCAUCCUCUCUACCCGUCGCAGACGCACUCGACCGGAACGACGUGCGCGGGUUCCUCGAGGACCAUGACCGCAGCAGAGGGACUCACGCUGUACGUAACCGGUCGACAACGAUCAACCUUGGAAUCGUCACUCUGGGGCUUUUAGGCCCUUAGACCAGGCGACUCUUUUCGGGUCCUUUGCUCUAUUCAGCAUGGACCAUCAAACCAUGACGAACAUGAACGGAUUCUACCUGCCUCUAAAUGGCAUCCAACAUCCGAAUACGUCCAAUAAUAAAGGAGAUGGAAUGGUGCCUUCCAGCAUGAGCCAGGGCUUUGGAAAUCCUAUGAUGGGAGGCGGUCAGUCCUUUGAGCACAUCAUGUAUCAGAACCACGAUGCCGUCCAUAGACGAGAUAGCUCAGCGUCGCAAUACCCUGCCGCACAGGUGAGCGCGGCCGAGCAGUCGCAGAGAGUGCCGAUGCUGGGAUUUGGCUCAGGUCAAGAUGGCGACCUCAACGGGUUUCAAUUCGAUCCCACCACGGCAGACAAUGAUGCUGCUCUGUCCGGCACCAUGAUGAGCGGUGUCACUUCACAACCCACCAAUGUGGAAGCAAGCCAUCCGUCGAGCGGUGAGUUGGCGCUCGUCCCUGGAAUGCCAAACUUGGAACAGUCUUGGGCCUCUGUCCCCUCAGUAUCGGCCUUUCAAUCACCUUUUCCCGGCGCCGCCGGCCUCAAUUUCGACAUGGCCGCUGGCUUUCCUGCGAUGAAUAUGCCCAUGGCCAUGGACUUUUCGACCGGUCAGAUGGGUCGCAUCGGCGUGCCGAUGAACUCCCUUGAUUCAUAUGGGCGAAAUGAUUUCCACCCGCCGAUCAACAAGGCCGCUUCCAUCCAACGAAACUUUCCCGUUUCAGGACCUGGUGAGCAGGCUCCUCAUGGCUCGAGUGCCACACAUACCCUUCCGAUCAAUGCCUCGAGACCACCAUCUGCAAUGGGCCGCAUCCCCGCCGGUCCGUUUCCGUCGACCACACAAAGUAAUCUUCCUAAUACCAACUUCGAAACCUCUAAUCAACUGGACAAUAAUCAUCUGCCAAAUCCAUCAGACGGAAUACCCGCGCUUGAUGGCUCUUUGGAUCAUUCCCGCCACUCCUCGAUAGGGCAGAACAAUCCUAAUAUGGCAUUUUCAGACGAUAACAGCCCUGAUAUUCCAGAGCUCGCGGCUGCGGCAGAGGCCGCAACCAAGCCCUCUCAAUAUCACAAUAUCUAUUCAUCUAGUGGAUUUGACAUGCUUGGCGUUUUGACUCGUGUCGCGACACGUCCGGAUCCCGAAAUCAAUAUUGGCGCGGUUGACAUGUCCUGCGCCUUCGUGGUCUGCGACUGCACACAACACGACCUCCCGAUUGUGUACUGUUCAGAAAUGUUUGAGCGACUCACAGGCUAUUCCAAACAUGAAAUCCUCGGCAGGAAUUGUCGUUUUCUACAAGCGCCUGACGGCAAAGUCCAAUCCGGUAUAAAACGAAAAUACGUCGAUGAUGAUUCGGUCUUGUACCUCAAGAACAUGAUUAUCCAAGGGCGAGAGGCACAGAUCAGUUUAAUCAAUUAUCGAAAGGGAGGCCAGCCGUUUAUGAACUUAUUGACCAUGAUUCCAAUCCGGUGGGAUUCAGAAGAUUACAGAUAUUUUGUAGGCUUUCAGGUCGAUCUCGUCGAGCAGCCAAACUCUGUUACCGACAAAAAUCCUGAUGGCUCUUACGCAAUCAACUAUAAGCGUGGCUUCCUUCCAAGAUAUGUCUUUCAGACCCCGGAGAACACACGACAUCAUUCCGAGCUUGGGCAAACAAUUAGUCCCGAUGAAGUUGCCACUGUACUCGCCAGCAUUGGCAAAGGGGAAUCGGAACUUUCCAAACGGAUAUGGGACAAAGUUUUGCUUGAGAAUACCGAUGAUGUUAUCCACGUGCUCUCCCUCAAGGGGCUUUUCCUAUACCUCUCACCGUCGAGUCGUAAGGUUCUCGAGUAUGACGCAAGCGAACUGGUGGGCGCCGCCUUAUCAUCCGUCUGUCAUCCUAGUGAUAUUGUUCCCGUCACUCGAGAGCUAAAAGAAGCCGCCCCUGGUGUUUCAGUGAGUGUUGUUUUCAGAAUACGGAGAAAAUACAGUGGUUAUACUUGGUUCGAGGCACACGGUUCACUGCACGUUGAGCAAGGCAAGGGCAGAAAAUGCAUCAUUCUGGCUGGUAGGGAACGGCCGGUAUAUACCAUCUACCGAAAUGACCUUCUCUCAACGGGCGGUACCGGAGACAACGAACUCUGGACGAAACUGUCCACAUCUGGCAUGUUUCUAUUUGUGUCUUCGAAUGUUCGUGCCCUGCUCGACCGCCAGCCGCUUGAUCUAGUAGGUACCAGUGUCCAAUCGCUCAUGCGCCCUGAUUCGAGAGCCGAAUUUGGCCGUGUCCUGGAGGUUGCCAGAACUGGAAAACGAGCGCAAUUGAAGCAUGAGAUGCAGAAUAGGAGGGGUCAGGUUUUACAAGCGCACACCACCAUCUAUCCUGGAGAUGCGGGCGAAGGACAAAAGCCAACGUUUUUGGUCGCCCAGACAAAGAUGCUUAAACUUUCUCGCUUUGUACCUUCGUCAAGCACCAACAGGUCACAGCUGUCUCCUCGAGCCGACCAAGCUUCCAGUCCAUCCCCUGCAUCAAGUUCGGCAAUAGCACCAUCGGGUUCAUCCCAACGACAAAGUAACACACCGCAGUCGUCAAUGGCACCAUCGCAUAAUGACAAUGUAUGGACGGCUGCCGGAGGAAGUGCGCUGGCUAUUGGGUCACAAGACGUCGCGUUGGCUUCGGAAGAGAAUGUCUUUGACGAGCUCAAAACGACACGCAGCACCAGUUGGCAGUUCGAACUCCGACAAAUGGAGAAGCGCAAUCGUCUCUUGGCAGAAGAGCUGCAGAGUCUGUUGGCCGCCAAAAAGAAGCGCAAACGAAGAAAGGGCGCUGGCCAGCUCCAGAAAGAUUGCGCCAACUGCCAUACGCGUACCACGCCCGAAUGGCGACGAGGGCCUAGCGGGCAUCGUGAUCUCUGCAAUAGCUGUGGGCUUCGAUGGGCCAAGCAGAAUGGUCGAAUUUCGCCACGGACGUCAUCACAGCAGAGCGACAAACAAAGUGUCUCUUCCACCAAGACAUCUCCCUUGGUUCCAAUUCCAUCGUCAUCUACUCAAGGAAUCACGAGUAUGGCACCCCCGGAGAAGCCAGCGAUUCCUGGCACAUCUGCCGCAGAAGCACAGUAUCCAGCGGCAGCCCAGAAAGAAGCGGCAGCAGCCGCUGGAUAUGAUACCGGCAUAGCCUCAACUGUCAUGCCAAAGAACGAGCCCAGCUAGCGGUGCGUCCAACAAUGCUCCUCGUUUGGCUCAUCUGGCUCGUGAACAAAUUUCUCCUCACGGACUUUUGUCGUAUUUUUAUUUCCAAGGAUCGGAAAUUUUUUUCUUUUCUUUCCAUCCGCUCUAUAUAUAUAUUUAUCACCAUCAUACCAUUUUGUUUUGAACUCUGUUUACAACUUAUUGGAUAAACGAGUGGCGCGGUCAGCGUUUCUAGUGGCGUGUUCGAGCAGCGAGGGCAGCGCUUGGCGAAGCGCGGCGU